AUGUCAGGAAGGACCAAGGACAGCCUCGACGGCCUCGAAGCCAACAGCGAUGGCAGUACUGCCGGCUUUCAGAUCUAUGACGACGCUUUCCGGAAGCUGAUCGGUCCAUCCCCAACACUUCGUCACCUGCUCACAUCCAGCGACGGUCAUCCCAUCUUCCACGAGGCCGGAGUGUACCUACGUGAGAGCAACACCGUAUACGUGUCCAGCAAUAGGAUCCCCAGCAAGCAUGCCAGACAGCGAGCGACCAUCACAUCAAUUCCACUGGAUGCUGUUCCAUCACCUCGAGGGUCCGGUGUGCUAGCCAGUCUCGAACUUACUGACGAGGGGGUUCAGCAGAGCCUUGCAAGACAGGUCAGAACGAUCCAUGACUUGCCCGAAGGCUUGGCAAUGCCCAAUGGCGGAACCAAUUGGACUCACGAGGGUCAAGAAGCCGUCUUGUGGUGCGAGCAGGGCCGCGAUGAUCUAGACGGCGAGGGCGCUCGCCCAGUCUCAUCGAGUCUCGUAGUCACGCUUCCCAACGCAGCAGCACCUGGUCUCAAGACUGCAGGCGUACUCGUAGACAACUACGACGGCAAGCCUUUUUCUAGCCUCAACGAUGUCGUCGUGCAUCAGCAGAGCGGCGUCGUCUUCUUCACCGAUCCCGACUAUGGAGUGGGACAGAGCUUCAAGUCGGGGGAGCAAGUGUAUGCACCCAAUGCUCUCUAUGCUUGGGACCCCAGUACCAGUCGAGUAACAAUGAUCGACGACAACUACGACAAGCCCAAUGGCGUCACGUUUAUCCCAGACCCAUCAGACCCAACCUCUGGCAGGGGACUCUUGGCCACAACAGACACCGGCCGCUUCUUCAUGGAGCCCAACGAGGCCAUGGGAGAGUUCAAGGUCGACGAGAGCAGGCCAGCAUGCAUAUACACAUACCCCAUUGAACCUCUGAGCCGCGACCCAGGGUCAGAAGGAGUCGCAUUGCCACUGGCCAUUGGCGAGAGGUCUCUCCUCGCCCACUCUGAGAGUCCGAUCCCCGACGGGCUCCAUCCUGAUCGUCAGGGCAACCUAUGGGUGGGCAGCGGGGACGGCCUCCACGUCUACGACCCCGUGCGCCGCACCCUCAUCGGUAAAGUCAUCGUCCCCGGCGGUAGAGGUGUUGCGAACUUUUGCUGGGCGGGAAAAGUCACUGUGCACGAUGCUGAUGGAGAGUCGCACCAGGAGGGACAAGAAAGGGUGAGGGACAGUAGGGAGAUGUACCGAUUGCUCCUCUUCUGCGAGCAGGAGCUCUGGGAAGCCUGCGUCAUGGUCGAUGGUAGUGAUUGAAAGGAGCAGAUUGUUUGGGCCAUUACCUCGAAAUGUCACCGGCCCCAGUGUCACUCCCUCUCUUUCUCUUUCUGUUCCUUGU